ACCCCCCAGGGUGCCGGGCUUAGCCUGCGGCCUGAGACCCGGGCCGCCCACCAGGAGCCGGGAGGGUUGGGGAUGAGGAGCAAAUCACAGCGGGGCGGCCUCGUUCCAGGUCCACCGCGGAGGUCGCGGCCCCCGAUAACCUAGCCGGCCUCUCAGGCGCCGGCCUGUCCUCGACACUGCCACAUCGGGCCUAACAUGGCCGCUCGUGCUGGGUCCUCCUGGAUGCACAGAGAGCCGGGCCGAGGUCCGGGCCAGGGACAUCUCCCAGCAUUCCUCGCGGGCGUGGCGUGGGUUCCUUCCCCGUUUUCCAGGUCCCGCGAGAGGGAGACCCUUGGGCUUUGAGGAAGUCCUUUGGAUUCAGGACAUCAGCAGCACUGGAAGGAGUCUAACUGGAGACCCGUCACUGUUGUUGAGCUUCGAAACAUCAGAGACACACAGGCCAUCCAUCACAGAGGCAGGAAGAAAGGGCUCCCAACAGAGUGCACUGUGACUGUGGAGCAUGGCCCAGGGCCUGAUUGAAGUGGAGCGAAAGUUCAUUCCCGGGCCUGGCACAGAGGAGAGGCUGCAGGAGUUGGGGGCCGUCCUGGAGCACCGGGUCACUUUCCGAGACAGCUACUAUGACACCCCUGAGCUGAGCCUCAUGCGGGCUGACCACUGGCUGCGGCAGCGAGAGGGUAGUGGAUGGGAGUUCAAAUGUCCCGGAGCAACAAGUGUCUCCGGCCCCCACACUGAGUACAUGGAACUCACAGCUGAGCCUGCAAUUGUGGCCCAGCUCUGUGAGGUACUGGGAGCUGAGGUCCUGGGGGCUGGAGGUGUGGCUGCCACGCUGGGCCCGCUGGGGCUUCAAGAAGUAGCUAGUUUUGUGACUAAGCGGAGUGCCUGGAAACUGGUGCUAUCUGGAGCUGAUGAAGAGGAGCCACCGCUCAGGGUGGACCUGGAUACAGCCGACUUUGGCUACGCUGUGGGUGAGGUAGAGGCCCUGGUGCACAAAGAGGCUGAAGUCCCAACCGCUCUAAAGAAGAUCCACAGCCUCAGCAGCAUGCUCGGUGUACCAGCACAGGAGACUGCACCUGCCAAGCUGAUUGUGUACCUACAGCACUUCCGGCCUCAGGACUAUCAGCGCCUGCUCGAAGUGUAUGGCUCCAGAGAGAAGCCACAGGGGACUAAAGAUCCGGACAUGAGACUGGGCUAGGGUGUCACUUCCUCAGUGGGGACGAGAGCUCUGGGUCUAAUGAAGGUCCUUCCUGGGCUCACUGUGCUUCUUCUCUGGCUUCCCUUCCCACAGUGACGCCCUUCUCCAGCUCCGCCUGUUCCUUCACCCUACCCUCAGCUGUCCUUCCUGGAGCCCUCCCUGGCUGCCUCCUCUCCCUCAUCCGUCAGAUGCAAUCUGUGGGCCGCCCCUCUCCCCUGGCCGCUAAGCAGCCUCCAUUGAUUUCCGCUCGUGUUUAUAGGAUUUCCACUUAGCCGUGAUCAGUAGUUAAGCACAGGAAAAUCCCUUGCCACCCCCCUCCCUUGGUCGAUGCCAUUGAUUCUGCCAGCGGCUCCUAAACCGCCUUACAGCUGAGUUAGAGAUGAGGCGAGGCAGCAGGGAUUUCCCUGCCCCAGGGUUGGGGGAAUAGCAGCAGGUUGGGGAAAUGGGUGGGAAUCUCUGUUAGAAAUCUAGGAGUUCUGGUUUGAUGUUGCCACUGUGCCCUGCUCUGGCCCAGAGGGUACAGUGUCUCCUGUGGAAAUCUGGGGGCAGACUGGCUCCCCAACCCGGAGAGUGGUAAAAAAGAAAACCCUCAUGGCAAGGUACAUACUUCCUGUGUAAGCAGGCUUUCCCCUGGCUGUUAGUCACGUACGUUUUCUACCUCAAAUAUGGCUUUCCCCCCUAUAGCUUUAUUGGGACUUUGUUGGGAUUUCAUUAUUUGUGGGGUUAGGGGGCAGCCCCCAGUUUUUGCAGUGGCAAGCACAGGACCAGAGCGCCACCUGCUGGUCACCCUCCAGCAUUGGCUCCAAGUAGUUGGGGCCCCCAGGGUUUGGGGACACAGGAGGAUUUCAGGUUGUGAGUGGAAGAUGAGUUACUGCCACGUCUCCACAGGCAAGUUGUUCACCUCAAAGAUUUCCUGCACCGACUGGCCAAAGUGGUUGUAAGUGAGGCGCAGCUUCAGCCGCAAGGGGGCCUAGGAAUAGGAGAGCGGAGACCAGGGUCAGCACCAAUGACUCCGCCCUUCCCUGGGUCUUAGCCUCAAGGGGCUCCUGCAGCUCACCUUAUUAGGAUUGAGGAUUCUGAGGAGCUGGGUCAUCGGAAGGCCACCCUGAGCUGGAACUGUGUCUCCACUGGGGGCCUGUAGCUGCAGCUGGAAACUCUGAACAGAGGUUGGACAGAGCAUAGUAAGGCAGGCUGGGCUCAGGCAACCCCUCCACACCCAAAAGUUUUAGAGCCACUUCCCAUAACUCCCCAAGCGCCCACCUCUGCACAUCACUCCCUUCUCAUCUCCUCUCCCCCACCCACCUCCUCCAUGUAGUGGCUUUUUCUCCUGGAGUACCCAGGGCAUCUCUUAAUCCUGGUCUUCUACAAACCUUGGGCACAGCAGCCUGGCAGAUGAAGUGGGUGACAUCACCCCCUGAGUCGUUGGUCGCAGUGACAGUGAUCAACAGCAAAGCAGGAGUCUCAGGGGGUCGAACGAAAGACAGAUUCAGCUGCAGUCCUUUGCGCUCAAACACUCUGAGAUUUGGGAUGGGAGCUAGAGUUGGGGAAGAGAAUUAGCUCAGUGUGUAGGCUGAAGAGAAUGAGUUUAUUCAUGCAUUCAGUAAAAAUUAAAUGAGUACCCGCUGGGUGCAGGGCACUGCUUGAGAUGUUAGUGACAGAGUGGACAAGAAGUUGAGGUCCCUGCUGGGGCUUAUAGUCUAGUGGGGGGAGAGAAGCAAUACACCAGAAAACAAGAUAACCAGGGACUGUAAUUGGUACUUGGAAGGAAAUAAACUAUUGUCAGAAUAA